GCAGCCCGGGAGUCACAGGCUGGGGUGUGAGCUGCACCACAGAUUUCGGAAGAGCAAAUACCUCUGCAGGAUUUGGGGGCACAGGGGUCCCCGAGGGCUAUGGGGUCUCUGUUCCCACGACUGGUGGGUGUCCCAGUGGUACGACCCCCACUGCACUAAUAAUUAGUAACUUAUGACAACCAGAAUACCCCUUUAAAGGCGUUAUCUAGGUUUUAAAAAUUGCUAGCCUAUCCUUCGGCCUGGUCGUGAAUAUUGGAACUGUGGUGGUCCAACUCUCAGCGCUGCUAAUCAGAUGGCACACAGUAGCAGAAACAAGUUGUGUUCAGGAGACGUCAUCUGUCCAGGACUGAGAAAAUAAGGAAAGGGAACAACUCCAGCCAGAGGAGACAUCACCUGCCUUAAAGAUGACAUCCUGUCCAAGUGACUGGAUUGGGAGCGUUUACCUCUUUAUCCAGUCAGAUUCUAUCAAUCUACCUCAGCAGUAUGACCUGUACAAAUCCAUUGUGUACAAUGCACUCAGGAACAACAUUUCAGAAUUCUCCGGAGGAUCCCCCAACUAUAUUGACAUCCUAAAAAUUAGUAAAAGUGACCAAGAGCUGAUCCUUCACCUAAAAUUCUAUGGAAAAUUGGCCUCCGAGAGAUUUCUUCAAGGCUACAGGGAGAAAAGGGUUCAUCAGCACAUACAAAAUCAGCUCUGUCAAUGUCUAAAAAUGGAGGCUCUUCAAGUCCACCUGGAGCUUAGAGUGGGCACAGAGAAGCUUGACACCCAACUGGAUGAAGAGGAGAAAUGUCUGCAGUAUAUUUUCUCUUUAAAGCCCUGUUAUCAGAAGGAUGAUGAACUUGCAGACCUGGAGAGAUGUUUUAUGAAUGUUUCAUUGGAGACAUUGCCACUUCAGCAAAACAGCAAUGUGCCUCCUUCAUCCUCUCCACAGAACUCCAACAAGGGAUCGCCACCACAUACCCUCCGCUCACUAUCAUCCGAGGGAAGCACCUUCCAAUUCCAGGAUCAAGAGUUUAUUGACAGGCCUCUGACCUCUGAACAUCACCAGAUCUUUGCUAAGUUUGUAGGAACAUCUUGGAAAAAGGUGGGCAGGACAUUGAAGGAGAACUGCCCUGCAUUAGAAGAUCCAGCCAUAGAAACCCUGGCAUACGAAUAUGGUAGAGAAAGCCUCUAUGAACAAGCCUACCAGAUGCUCCAACGUUUCAUUGAUUGUGAAGGGAAGAAAGGCACCUUACAGAGACUUGUGGAUGCUCUCGUAAGAAAUGGACUGACUGGAAUCGCCGAGAAACUGCUAUCUGUGCACGAAAACGGACUGAAUUAAGAGACUGGGAAGAAAUCAGGGGAGGACUUGUGUCAUCUAUAGUCACUUUGUUCUGUGCCUUUAAAUAAGUUGAUGGGCUUCCCUCAUGGUUAUACCUCAUCUAGUAGUGUUCAGGGGGCUUGUGCAGGACCAUUGACAAUAAUGUAAGUAAUGGACCAUCUCAGCAAUAUCAUGAAGAAGGCUCCUAAAUUGUUCCAGGACCUCCUUUCAACGCUCUUCCUUAAGUGACCAGUCUACUUUGGUGUAAUGAACACUUUCUGAUUACUAUGGCCAUAGACAUUCCAAUAGUUUUUAAUACUAGUGGUUUCAAAUUCAAUGAACAUCUCAUAAAGAGGUUACUAAAGUUGUAUGAUAUUAGAAAAAAGGGAUCACCAUUCUUCCAUGGACUGUACCGUUACUGCAGCUCAGCCACAUUCAACAGAAUUGACCUGAACUGCAAUACCUGACGCAGCCUAUGGACAGGAAUGGUGCGGUUUGUAGGAAAAAAGAGGAUAGACCCAUUUACGUUUUAUUAUCUGUACUACUAUCAUUAUAGGGAAAAAAAGUAGAAUUAAAACCCACCUAAGUGCCUCUUAGUAACAACCUCUUGUAAAGGUGGUCAUACACCUGUUGUGUGUUCCUCCUGACUCCCCAUACACAUGCAUGCUCAAUUCAGAUGAGUAGGACAUGAGAGGAGAAAGCUGCCAGGCACCUCUGAUGGGCUAUCUCCUGCCAGAUCAAAAGGAUCAUGCGUUGCAAUUAGCUUGCCCAGUCCUUCUUUGAGGGAGUCGUAGACAUUAGAUACUUAGCCAUCCCUGCUAAAAUCAGUGGGUUCAGAUGAUAAUAAUCUAACAUGUAUUAACUGUGUGCCUUAAAGGGGUUAUCCCAUGACUAAUGUAAAAAUGAAAAUCGGACAUCAUUUCUAACAAAGCUAGAACCAGCCCUGUACCUCACAUGGAUCCAGAGAUCUCCCCAUUGUUGGAUCUGCUCCAAUUGUUCUCUGACAGCUCAGGGGAUGUCCUCUCUCCUUUCUGCUGGUGGCAGAUGAAGGAUAGAACUGAGCAUGUGCGUCCAUCUCAGUGAGCGGGACAGAGAAGUUAGAAAAAGAGCAAACAGCAGGUGGCGCUAUACAGAUAUGUUUUAUUAAAUAAUUCAGUAGCUAUAAUACAUUUUUUAUUACAUGCAAUUACAAAAGUAUUCAGAUCCUGGGGCUGGUUUUAAGACUAUAGAAUAUUGUUAAUGGGACCAACCCUUUAAGUGCCUAAAUAUUCUCAGAGCCUAUGGAACUUAAAAGGGGAGCAAGUCAAAAUCUACUACUUCUGAUACAAGACCCCAAAGGUGACUUUGAUUAGUUUUAUUAGAUAAUUUUACCUGUUUAAUACCAGAAAAUGCAUCAGGAAUUAAUAACCAUGAACUAUAAGGAUGUACUCCAGCUUUUACAUCCAUAACUAUUAUUAUUAGAAAGGUUGUCUGGAAUGAAAAAAAGGAUUAAGCCAUCGAUAUACUGAUCCUAGAAAAACACCUUUUAAAGUAUAUAUGUAUGCAUAUGUUCUGUAUAUCUAGAGGCCUUGUCUACUAAGGCCAAAUUCCCAUUCUGUGGCUGUUCAUCAUGGAGCCCCUCUCGUAAACCCUCCACCAGUGUGCCAGUUCCCGGUUAGAUUGUAAUUAUGAUCCAUUGGAAUCACUAACGUGGACACUUAGGACUCAUGCACACAGCCGUUGCCGUUAUUAUUAUGGCAGCUAUCAGACAUUGGUGGCAUAUGCUAGUGAUAUGCCACCAAUGUUUAAGUUGACAGAACCCCUUUAAAUUUUCUAUUUAAGGCUGCUUUCACACAGUCAGUGUUUGAUCAGUGAUUUCCAUCAGUGGCUGUGAGCCAAAAAGCAGGUGUUGGUCAAAAACACAGAUAAGGUUCAGAUCUUUCCUUACCUUAUUUCUGUAUAAGCUACGCUUCAAGUUUUGGCGCACAAUCACUGAUGGAAAUCACGAAUGAAACACUUGACUAUGCAAAUGCAGCCUAAGGCCUCAUGCACACGGCCGUUGUUUGGGUCCGCAACCGAGCCGCCGCUUUGGCGGCUCGGAUGCAUACCCAUUUACUUCAAUGGGGCCGCAAAAGAUGCG